CAAGUUGUGCCGGACGAUAGUGCAGGAUCUGUGCAGCAGUGUUUUCCAAGCCAUCCACUAGCUGGGGACACCUGGCGCGUGGUGUAGCCUACCUCGUGUGGCGCUUGAUUGUCGGAUGGACCGGGCAACAGGCAUGGGAGAGGUGCAGAAAGAAUUUGAGCAGCACUGGAGGACUGAGUUCCCGGAGGGUGAUGCACCCUUGUUGCAGCUUGGCUCUCUGGCCGACAUAGAAGCUGAGUUGGAGCGGUGCCGGAGUGAGCAGAAGCGCUUACAGGGGCUCCUUAACCGGGAGAAAUUCAAAUGCAUUUACCUACAGACUCGACUGGCUAAGGAGCGUAGGUGCUAUGACAAGGAUAGAUGGGAGACACGGGACCAGAGGGCAAGUGUGACAGAGGAGCAGGGAGAAAACGAGGUGGAAGAGGAGGCAUCCAGUACGGCAGCAGCUGCCGAGGAGCUAGAACCAAGCACCUGUGCACAAUUUAAAAAGCAAGAGGAUGCCGAGUCUAAAAAUGGGCCAAACCAGGAGUCUGGGAGGGUAACACCUGUCAAUAUUGACGAUGAUAUUCAGAAUUCUGACAGUAACGAACACCAGAUGGAAAGUCACCUUACUGUUAACAAACAAGAACCAGACUGUAAAACUGUGAACCAGACAGAAAGUCACAUUGCUGGCAACAUACAAGAACCUGAAUAUGAAAAUGUAAAGUUUUUUAGGGAGAGUAAUGUUUCACCUGUUGAUAAUCUUGUUGAAGAAAAACACGUUUACUCCACAGUAUGUAAGAAACAACCUACAGAGGAUAAGGAGGAUGAGCUAAGUGACCAUGACUAUGAAGAUGUGGACCUCAAUGAAGGGUUUGUGACCAGUAAUCUGAUUACUCCCAAAAGCUGUCAGGACCAACAGUCUCCUGUGACACUGAGACGGAAGGCCAUAAGCAACCAUCGACUAAGCCGGGAGAUGGACUCAGGAGGAGAAGAAAAGGAGGGCAGCAAGUCACCCAUCACCCUUCGAAGGGACACUGUAGGAGCCAACAGAAAGAUCUUUGCAGGAUACAAAAAGUUCUUAUUUGUUCCCAUCAGGAAUGUAUUGCGGGGGUCUGGUGGUAGCUCUCCAGAAAGGGAUAGCAACAACAGCUCUGAUCAAGAAGAUGACUCCUCAGUGGACUUUAACUAUGGUACAGAUGGCUACGAAGGAGAUGGAGCAGACGACAAGAAGUCCCAUGAUGGGUCCGAGACAAUGCCGUAUAUUGAUGAAUCACCAACUAUGUCACCUCAGCUCAGUGCCAGGAGUCAAGACAGUGCUGACGGAGUUUCACCUACACCAACUGAGGUGCUUACUGGGGGGGACUCAGACUCUGAAAAGGGUCUGGAGAUGAGAAAACUGGUCCUCUCUGGGUUUCUCGCUAGUGAAGAAAUAUACAUCAACCAGCUGGAGGCUUUACUUUUGCCCAUGAAACCACUGAAAGCAGCUGCUACCACUUCCCAGCCUGUGCUCACGUUGCAGCAGAUUGAGAUUGUUUUCUUCAAGAUUCAAGACAUCUAUGAAAUCCACAAGGACUUUUAUGAUGCCCUUUGCCCUAAGGUGCAGCAGUGGACGAGCAAUGUAACUGUGGGCCAUGAGUUCCAUAAGCUGGCCAGCCAGCUUGAGGUGUAUAAGACCUUUGUGAAUAACUACAAGGCUGCAGUAGAGACAACAGAGAAAUGCAUUCAAGCGAACAGUCAGUUUCAGAAAAUUUCUGAGAUUAUUCCAGUGAAAGGCCCAAAGGAGGCAAAAGACUCAGCUACUAAUGCCAGCUUAGAAGCUCUACUGUAUAAACCCAUCGACAGAGUCACACGGAGCACGUUGGUGCUUCACGACCUUAUAAAACAUACUCCAAGUGACCAUCCAGAUUAUCCCUUGCUUCAAGAUGCACUCCGAAUUUCACAGAAUUUCCUGUCCAGCAUCAAUGAAGAAAUUGACCCAAGGAGGGCAACUGUUACUACACCCAAAGGGGAGAGUCGCCAGCUAGUUAAAGAUGGAUUCCUUGUGGAAUUGACUGAGGGCUCACGAAAACACCGUCAUGUCUUCCUGUUUACUGACCUCCUUUUCUGUGCCAAAGUGAAGAAAACUGUUGGAGGGAAACACCAGCAGUAUGAGUGUAAGUGGUACGUGCCGUUGGUAGAUCUUACCUUACCAUCUGUGGAAGAUUCUGAACCCUCUCCUCAACUCAUCCUCACCCCAGACCAUGAAAUCGAGGACGUGAAGUCAAAAAUCUCAGCUACAAAGAAUGAAAUCCAGAAAGAAAAAAAAGCCUGCAAGGGACAAAGCAGGGUGAUGGAUCGCUUGAAAAAAAAGGUGACUGAACAUGAGUCCUGGUUACUUCUGCACUCGCCCACCAUUCCAUUCAGGAUUCAGACAAAAAGCGGAAAGAGCUACUUUUUCCUGCUGAACUCAGACUAUGAGAGGUCAGAGUGGAAGGAAGCCAUUGAAAAGUUGCAGAACAAAGGCCCGUCUGGAUUUUCACUGAGUAAUCUGGAGUUGCAGACACUGGCACAACACUGUUUCAAACUACGAACUGUCCAUAAUGCUCCAAUCACCAGUUAUAAGGAUGAUGAUGAGUCACCAGGACUAUAUGGUUUCCUGCAUGUGAUGGUCCACUCUGCCAAAGGAUUCACAAAAUCUGCCAACCUAUACUGUACACUAGAAGUGGAUUCUUUUGGUUAUUUUGUCAGCAAAGCAAAAACGCGAGUUUUUCGAGAUACCACAGAGCCUCAGUGGAAUGAGGAGUUUGAGAUUGAUCUGGAAGGGUCUCAGUCACUUCGGAUUCUGUGCUAUGAGAAAUGUUACGACAAGACAAAGCUGAACAAAGAUAACAAUGAGAUAGUGGACAGGCUCCUUGGAAAAGGGCAAAUUCAGCUGGACCCUCAAGUGGUGAAUGCAAAGAACUGGCAAAGGGAAGUUAUUGAAAUGAAUGAGAUAAAAGUGGAAUUCUCCAUGAAGUUUACGUCAAGGGACAUGAGUUUAAAGAGAACGCCGUCAAGAAAACAAACUGGUGUCUUCGGAGUGAAGAUCAGUGUAGUGACAAAGAGGGAGCGCUCCAAGGUGCCUUACAUUGUCCGUCAGUGUGUUGAGGAAGUGGAGAAACGAGGCAUAGAUGAGAUUGGGAUCUACAGGAUCUCUGGAGUUGCCACUGACAUCCAAGCCCUGAAAGCCGCCUUUGAUGCAAAUACCAAAGAUAUUCUGGUAAUGUUGAGUGACAUGGACAUCAAUGCCAUUGCAGGAACAUUGAAGCUCUACUUCCGUGAACUACCGGAACCUCUUCUCACAGAUCGCUGGUACCGUGCAUUCAUGGAGGGCAUAGCUUUGUCAGAUCCAGCUGCCAAGGAAAACUGUAUGAUGCAUCUUCUGCGUUCACUGCCUGAUCCAAACCUCAUCACCUUCCUGUUCUUACUAGAACACUUGAAAAGGGUUGCUGAGAAGGAGCCUAUAAACAAGAUGUCCCUUCACAAUCUCGCCACUGUAUUUGGCCCAACGUUACUAAGGCCCUCACAGGUGGAGCACAAAGGUCAUAUGAACAUAGCCUCUGACAUUUGGUCACAGGAUGUCAUGGCACAGGUUCAGGUCCUCCUUUACUACCUACAGCAUCCCCCAAUCUCCAUAACAGAACUGAAACGAAACACCCUCUACUUCUCUACAGAUGUAUAAUUUCUGUAACUGGGAAAUAUUUGGUCCAGCUGUGAAUCUUUUAGCAGAGACAUUUUCAGACAACAGUAGAGUGUCUACAUAAAAAGUUCAGAGACAAACACACAUCACUUUGUGUUUUCUACUACCAUUUAAAGACACCUGGUAUUGAAACAUCGUUGCUCCCCUGCUGUAGAUUAGCUGCAUUUUGUGUACCUGACAUGGUCGACCUAAAUGUUUGUACUUGUGGUGAACAAACACUGUGGAUGUGGUAUCAUCGUUUUUUCACAUAUAGUGUCAUUCCACCUCUCUGAUAGCUUUACAGAGGCCAGAAGGGAGCUGCAUUUAUCUUUUCCUGUACUCAGGAUUUUACAGUCUUUUUAAUCCCUGUGAACCUAAAAAUGACUUCCUACUACCUUCUACAGCCACAAUUUUGCCACGCAAGUAAUCAGAGUUUGACAGCUGGAGUUGGGCAAUUCCUUUACCACGUCAGCUGUGUCUGAAUUAUUACCUGUGCUGUCAGUCAGGACCAGUGCCCAAUAUGACCAGACGACACAAGAAGAAAACAAUAAGGAAGAUUAGCUGAACUGCUUCCAUUUUGGACAAAAGGGCAUUAUACAACUUCGCUCCAUUUAAACUGACUGGAGGAAAUGCACAUGUUGCCUCUAUUUCUUCAAAGGCAAGGACAGACAGUUUUAAACCUCUGCAUUUGUCAUGACAAAAUAUUUGGAGGGUUCACAGGUUAUUUUAGCAUCAUUUACAUAAUCAGCUGAAUAACCUAACAAAGUUUCAAGGUCACAGUUUGCACUCCAGUACAGUUUCUAAAUAAGUUUAUUCUUUUUUCAUUCCAAGUAAUAAGUGAAAUAUAGUUUUUAUGCCAGCAAGCAAAGCUCCUUAUAGCUGUUAUGUGAAUAGGCUCAUAGGAGUAAUAAGUAGAUAGGUAGUGUUAUUCUUUCAGAGUCCAGAAGUGCAAGUGACAGGUAUCUAUUUAUGUUGUUUGGUAGGGCGGGGGUAUGGUUACUAUAAUUUGUUGGUUUGUAAUUUAAAUGCGGCAAUCUAAAGACCAGGCUCCAGCAGUGUAACACACCAUAAUAGCCUCCACUGUAAUUGUGAAAUGUAAAACAUAUACUUACCUGCCUUCCUUUAAGGUAAAGUAUUCUAAGAAGACCUUUUCUAUUUUUGUUUUAAAAAAAAUUAUAUGAAGUAUGGCGAGUGGAUAAGAUUUCUGGCUGACAUUUGCAGUAUCUUGGCUCAUUCCUGCCUCUCAUCACUGUCUGUCUGAAGUUUGCAUGUUUCUCUCAUCGUCUGCGUGGGUUUUCUCCAGUGCUUGCUUUUAUCCCACCUCUAGAAUCAUGUUGGGUAGCUACAUGAAAUGUCUAUUUAUGCUGUAUUCACUACUUGGCCUUAUAGCCUGCAUCAUGGCUGAAAAUGGUCUAUGAAAGACAACUUCACUUAACUGGUUAAAAUAUAAAUGAAUUAUAUAAAAAAGUACUGAAACCUAUAUAUAAAAUGUUUUCCUGACUUCGUGUUUGUUGGUACUUCUCUGUAGUCAGGUCAGGUAUGCUUUUCCCAGUUUGCACCACUCUGGUGUAUCAGUUACAACAGGACAGUAUAUAGCAAUGCUUUAAUUCCAUGCCAGUGGACAAGUAUAUUCUGCUCUCCCUUUUGUGAUAAGUUUUAGGAAGAAACAUUAUUAAUUACUACAGCUAACAAGUAUCAUUUCAUUGCUUGGUACCAUGUCACGUAGAUCACAACCGCUUGACAGUUUCUGUAUGAGAGUGUGGCUUUUUUUUACAUUUGCUGCAUUCAAAAACAACGCAUUUGUGUUUUUUACACCACAAUCACAGCCUUCCAGAGAAAGAGUGAAUCAGAUAUUUUUAAUGUGUGCCAGUGAUUGCAAUUUUUCCAAGGUACAACGGACUUCAAAUGAGCAUUAUAAAGUAAAGGAGAAUGCAGAAAAACACUUUUAAAUUUGCACUUAAACUAUAUAAUCCGAAUGCACGUGCUUCCAGCUUUAUGUACUCCAGCUCUCAGUUUAAUGCAGUUUCAGUUGAUCGGCUGUGGAAUGAGCUGUGCUGAGGAGGUGGAGUUAACUCAGAACGCUGUUAAAGAAUGUUUAGUGUUGUGUUAAAAACUAUCCUUUGUGACAAGUAUCUGUGGAAAAUUGCCAUGCAAACAUUCAUGCAGCCCACUGUAACACAUCUCACAAGAGUGAGGCAAAGUAACUUUUUAGGGUGUAUAGUGAUAUGGUGAGGCUGAGAUGUAUUUGUACCCAUUUCAGAGUUUAGUGGUAUGAAUACACACAAGUUGAGCAACUGAAUUCUCCAGUGUGUAAGUGUCAUUGGAACAGUAUGAGCAGUUCUACAAAGACAACUAUAAAUUACUUCUUAAACUAAUUGGAGACAAUAAAGCUAGGCCGCUGUCCCACAGGACUAAUGUUCAUUUGUGCCACUCGCAUCUGAACUCCAGAAUGGUCAGAUGGUGAAACAAAUUUGAAGCAGCUGACAGCUUGUUGUCCUGUUUUAGGAGGAAGACAUGGGACUUGCUCUUUUAGUUUGACUUCUUGUUCAGGCCAAAAGCCUAAUCUCAGAGCCUAGCUAAAAGGGAACUGGUGUGACACACAUUUAGUAUAUCACCCUUUCAGAAGCAUAAAUGAUAUAUGCUGAAAAAUGUCACUGCACAUUACUUCACUUGGACAGGAAACGAGUCUUGCUCAUCUUAAAGAUUUGGUAAGGAGCUGUCCAGGGUUUCUGAUAUAUGGAGAGUGACAGUGGAGUUGGAAAGGCUUGAGGGUGGGUAGGGAGUGGAGAACACAUAAAUAUGUACGAGGGACAGCAGAAGCACAAGUGAACAUGAAGUCUUCCCAGUUAGUUUCCUCCUCCUAUAUGUGACACAGACAUCUAGACCCCUAGUGCUGUCUCAGAACUAGUCAAGAAUUCCUCAGGGCUGCUUGAGCUUUUCAAUUUCAGGCUGUUUAUGACAAAUAAGCACUGACCCAAGUGCUUCUGCAAAUGAUACAGUAGUAUCAGGCAACAAUAUGUCAUUCGUACAGCCAGACUACUAGUUUUUAAGGCAAUUCAGUUCUGAUGCAGCUUUAGACUUGCAGUUUCACACUGAUAACAAGGGAGUGGCCACCUAACACUCACAAAAAUCUCAGUAUGUUAGAAAUAAUCCAAAAUAUAUUGAUUAAAAGAGAUCAGUUUGGUUAAAGUGUUAUAUCACAGUAAGGAAUUAUUUAACUCUAUUAUUGGACUGCGUACAUAUGGUAUUACUCACAUGUGCAAAUGCAGGAAAAAAAUGUAUAUUAAUUGCUCCAUUUUGACCAUCCCUCUGCCAUCUGUUCUCAAAGUUACCAUGCAAAUGCAAUUUCAUUAAAGAUAAUUGAAGUUUCAUGUGCACAGCAAUUUUCAAACAUAUUUUAAUGGGGGUAAAAGAUCCGCUAUUCCCCUGCCCUCAAGAGAGCUACCCCAUAGCAAUCUCAUUCACAGAAAUGAUGCUGUGGGCAGUUGUGUAAAGCAUCUACUCCAGUUAAAAUAUGUACACAAUUAUAUAUAUAUUAGAUACACACAAACACACACACUCUCUUUUGGCUUUCAAGAAGAUAAAAUUAUGACUACGCCACACUCAAGGUGCUUGUGGUGUUCAUUGCGUAUAUAAAUCCACUAGAAAAAAAGUUGCAUGACAUUUACGUUUAGGUGUCUGAAAAUAAACCCAUUUCUGUAUCAAACUGUAACAGUUUGCUGUUUUCACCACCAAGCUACUCACCAGUGUGAUCCACAAAGUCUUUCAAAAUCAAGUAACUUCACAGUAUUUAUUUUGUAUUGCCUUCUGGUUCCAGACAUUUGUACUAAAGUCUGAGGUGAACAAAUUGAGAGUUGCACUUUAUUGUCUAAGAUAAACCUUGUCUCGUUAGGGUUGUUACCCUCAAGAUUGAUUUUUAAAGUUCCUAAUCAACACUGCGCCCAUGCUUGAUUCACCUAAACUCCCCAGUACAUACCCUCACCUUGGCGUUCUUGAUGCUGGUCCUGAGUUCAUUCGGUGAUCUAGGAAUCACCACAUCUGCACUACUUUUGCAGUCCUAGGUCAGAAGACAGACUGGUUAAGGUCUAGAUUUUGUACUCUGCAGUCUUGAUCUAAUCUCUGAGCUGUUUUUGCAAGACUUUGCAGUUAGCUAUACAACAUAGUUCCUUCCACCCAGAUGUUCAAUAGAUGAAAAAGGCAAAGAUGAUGAGAUAUUGUAAACUAACAGUGUGAUCUCACAUACUUCAUCUCAACUGACUAGUUUGAUAAGUAUGACAUCUAAGCAGUUUUAUUGCUGAGUAACUAUAUGACAGGUUUAAGUAUGUCAGCAUUACUAUUGCUACACUUAAAUGUUUUUGUUAUAUUCUUAUUAGUGUGUUGUUUAAAGAAUAAUUUAAUCAAGCUGUGUUUUUGCAUUUACACCAAACCCAGAGAAGCCAAGGCAGUCAGUCCUAAGCAUCGUCCGGACAGACAAAACUUCAAAUGAAGAGUUGCAUUUGUUAUGUAUAUUAGUAGAAAACUGAAAUAAUAACUUGAAAUUCAACCUUAUUUUGUAAUGUUGCAUAAAUGUGUACAGAUGUCAGCUAUAUUUAUGGUAAUAAAAACCCUUCUUACUGAAUUCCCAUGGAAAUACGUCCUUCAGUGGCAAGAACUGUUAAACAGAGCCUUGUUAUUGAACAUGGAACAGAUGCUGUGGAUAUGGGUACACCAUGUCACAUAGUUACAGUGUGGAAAGCUGUAAUUUGGUAAUUUUACAUGUCCAUUGACCCUGCUUGCCAGGUACAUAUAAUAUGCGUGCAGGUCAGACUAUCACACAAGCCUUUCUUUUCUGUGGACUUGAAUUCUGUGUGACCUGAUCUCAGAUCAGGCUAGAAUAGUUUGUUCAUUAAUAUUUGAAUAUAAGAAGUUGUAAAGUUUUUGUUUUAUUUCUCUGUAUUAUUAUUUUUUUUGCUUCUAUAGAUGAUUGCAAACUUUGAAUAGAUUACAACGAUGUGACAAAUAAAUGAAAGAAAUAAUAUUUGCACAAAA